GAACUACUUUACUUAAUGAUAAAGAACAAAGCAUUUAUUUAUUAGGUGGAUUAAUGCGUAAUCCUUUAAAUCAAGAUGAUUAUAAAUCAUUCUUUCAUUCAUUUAAUUUAAAUUCCUUAAAGUGGAAUGUACCUAAUGUUAAAGGAACUCUACCUGAAAGACAAAUAAGUAUGAAGGGUGUUGCUGAUAAUACAUGA